CAUUUGCACCUUCUUACACUUCUCCCAAACUUAGAAGCUUAUUAGUCUGCACAAAUGGAGGAAGGAAAAAGGGCAAUGCUGUGUUGUGUGUGUUUUUCUUCUGCUAUGUCUUUUUAAGGUGGGGUAACAGUGUGUGAAGGGGCUAUGACAUGCUCAAGUUGCAUACGCAGGGCUGGAUGUGAUGGACAGGUUGGAUCCUCUCAGAAGCCAUCACUAAUGUGCCGUAGGUGAUAAAGGGGACACACCAGGCAGGGGUCCCACUCAGGGGAGGCUGAGUCAGAUUUGUCAAGUCUAGCCUUUCCUGGCUCAGUGUGAGAAUUAAUGCGUAGGAGGGGCCAGUGCUCUUGCUCCAGGGCCAGCUGGGGCCUGAGUCAUAGCAGGACCUUGAAGCCAGAAGUUUAAGGGCAAGUGGUGCCCAUUGUCAUUGUCCCAGGAGAGUGACAGGUGGUGGCUGCUUCCCCAUCAGCACUUGUCCCCAGGGCAAGUCCUAAGGUGGCAGGGGCUGGAUGAGGGCCUUGUGAGUGUAUGGGGGAGCACAGAGCUAUUCUUGCCUCAGAGGGGCUUUAGAGAAGGGACCACAGCUACCCCAGAGGUUCCUAAGAGAUGCCACAUCAGCAUCCGGGACUUGUUCUGGAAGCCUGAAAAGCUAGAACUGUCCCCUCCAGCCUAGGUUUCCACUAAGGGCAGUGGGUCCAGCCAGGGACAGCAGUUUUUUGAGGCCCCACUACAACUUUUGGAGUCGGGGGGAGCCCUCCAAGCCAUGCUCCUCUAUCAAAGGUGAGGGGGGAUGCACCCUUAUGAGCUCUAGCGACAGACUAUGGGAGGGCCAGGGAGGAGGGGUGCACUGCAGUGAUGGGAAGACGCGGGGGGCUGACAUAAAGAUGAAAUUGUUAGCAAGACCUUAGUUGUCUGGUCUCCUGGCUCACACUCUGAUCCACAUGCCGUAGUGCUUGAUCUCAGGCAGGUCCCUGCUUAGCCUCCGUUCCGUCACCUGUGAUGGAUGAGUGGAGCUGGGCCUAGCUCCUGCGUACAAGUUGGAUGCCUGCCCUCCCCUCACCAAAGCCUGGAAUGCCACCCCAGGCUCUCUGGCCGCGCCGGAGAAGGGGUCUGGGAGGAUAGGACCCAGGGCCCAGGUCUCUCCGGCUGCCUACGCCGACGUCUCGGGAGCGGACGCGGCCGCUUUAAGGCGCGGUGACCCCACGGCACCCGCGGGCGGGGCGGGGACAGUGCUGGCAUCCGCGGCACCAGCAGAGGCGAACGCGAGGGAGAGAGUGCGCGGCGUCCGGCCUCAGCAUGCUGACCGCGUUCGCCCCACCAACCCUGCCCGGGGUCCCAGGGCGGCUGCCCGCGGCCCCCGCGCGGCGCCAGGACUCCUCCAGUUCGUCAGGCUCCUACCACACGGCUCCGGGUUCUCCACAGCCCCCGGACGUUGGGCCGGACGCGGAGGGCAGGGCGAAUUGGCCCACGGUGGCCCCUGUGCUGGGGGAGGGCGCGCAGCCUCGCCUGUCCGUCAGUGCCCAGAAUAGCCGCCAGCAGCUCGGGCCCGGCUCGGGUUUCCCGCGAGGCCCGGCCUCGGGCCCGCGGCCACCUCAGCCCCAGCUGCGCAUGCUGCCGUCGGGGGAGAUGGAAGUCAUCUUCGGCGCCGGGCCCCUGUUCAGCCGUUCUGACGCAGAGGAUAGUGAGGUGCAACAGCUCACGACGCAGGCCUUCCGCAGCCUCUCUCCGCCCGGCUCCGCGUCUCCCAUCUCUGCCGAACCGCAGCCCCAGGGCCCCGACGGUGGCUCCCGCUGGGCCACCUACCUGCAGCUGCGACCCCGCGGGCCGAGUCCUGCCACCCCAGCGCAGUUCGAGUGUGUGGAGGUGGCGCUGGAGGAGCGUGCCGCGCCUGCCAGGACCCGGACGGUGCCCAAACGUCAGAUCGAGCUGCGCCCCCGGCCCCGGAGUCCCCCGCGGGAGGCCAGCGCGCCGCCCCCGCGACUGUUCCUGCGCACCGGCUCCCUGGACGAGUCUCUGGGCCGCCUGCAGGCUGCCGCGGACCUCGUGCAGACGGCGCUGGCCAGAAAACUGAGCCCCGCGACCCCUGCCCCAAGCAGCGCCACCUUCGGACCCACGGUACCGCCAGAGCCUGCGGCCCCGGAAACGCCCCGCAGUACUCGAGUGGCUCUGAAGGAGGCCAGGUCUCGGCCACCUCGUGUGCAUUAUAGUUCAGCCCCCGCCAGGGCCCCACGACCGUGGCCUAGCCUCCGUGAGCGCGCAAUCCGGCGCGACAAGCCCGCGCCCGGGACCGAGGCUCUGGGUCCAGUUAGUUCCAGCAUCUUCCUGCAGUCUGGGGAGAAGAUCCAGGAGGCGCACCACCAGGAACCCAAGACUCGGUUCCCGCAAGAGACUCCGGAUCGAACCGUCCUGAGGGCACAGAGUCCGUCUUCCCAGUCUAGGGCCCCCCGGGAGGUUUCGAGUAAGCCCGUGAGACCGAGGAGCCCAUCCCCGCUGUGGCAAGCCCCAAAUGGGACCGUGCGGGGUCCUCGCUGCCCCUCGCCCCAGAACCUGUCCCCGUGGAAUAGGGCUAUCCGGAAGGUGAGUGGCCCGUCGCUCCCCGAGGCAUCCUCCGCAUGGGGAAAUCAGGAUGCUGCUGUCACGGAAACUGUCAGCAGGAAGAGCCCUUCCCCUCCGACCCUUUCCCAGUGGAAUCGGGGUGUUGCCAGUGCAAGAAGCCCAUCCCCCGAAGCUCCUUCCUCGUGGGAGGUUCCGCAUCCGGCAGGUGGGGAUAUAGUUGAGGGGAGUAGGAGCCCGUCCCCGCCAAACUUGUCCUCAUGGGAGACUCCAGAUCGUCCUACUGGGACGUGGAGCCCAUUGCCCCAAGAGACGUGGGACUCCACAGUGCAGAGCUCAGCGGUAGUUUCUACGCGGGAAGCUAUGAAUGGCGUAGCCCAGGAGGAACUGGUGCCACCCACGCCAUCUGCACCCGGGACUCCAGAGCUAACAGAGGCGCAGAGUCCGUCCACGCGGGAGAUGCCGGAUCUUGCCUUCCCAGGCAGCCAGCUGUCGCCAGCGGUGGCUGCACCCCAGCUGCCCCUCAGUCGCCUCGUGGGCACCCUGGAUGCCGAUGCGCGCCCGGAAGCCUUGGGCUCUGGAGAAGCGGCCUCGGGACGCCCGCGCGUGGCCAUUCCGCGGCCCCGCGACGUGCGCAAGAUGGUGAAGACCACAUACGCGCCAAGCUUCCCGGCAAGCACCCCAGGCUCAGGGCUCCCUGUGCCUCCUGCGGAACCCCGCGGGGAGGAAGGCGGCGCAUCCAAGACACAAGAGCUUCAGGCGCUGGGGGCCCACGCCCCAGCUCACUACACUUCCGUUUUUCUCAAGGACUUUCUGCCGGUCGUGUCACACCCCUACGAGACCCCAGAGCCAACCACAGACACAGUCCCCCGGGACGUUACGCAGCCCAACGGGGUACUGCGGCGGAGGGCAGAGAACAGCACGGCGAAACCCUUCGCGCGCACUGAGAUCCGCCUGCCUGGUGCCUUGGCCUUAGGCCGCCGGCCGGAGGGAACCCAGGGAGUCGUGGUGCGCGGUCCUGGCGGAAAGAACAGGGAUGCAGAGCCCCAGCGCCUGGUCCCCGACGACAAGGGUCGUACCAGCCCUCUAGGCGACGCUCGCACCUCACCCCAGAAGUCGCCGAUAGGGCCGGCAGGGACCCAACCUCCCAGACCGCCCCGCCCUAGCUCCCCGCAGGCGUACCCUAGCUCGAGCCCUGGAAUAGCAUCGAAACAGGAGACGCCACCUAUGGCCCCUGAGCCCGCGGUUGCGGUCCAGUCGCCCCUCCCGCGGGAGCCCCAAGCGUCCGCUGGCAGAGCGGCCCCGCCCCAGGCCCGCGCCGCCUCGGCGCCUCCCAUGGACCGGUCCCCGGAAGGCCCCUCCCAGGGGGCGCGCAGGCCGCCCGGGGCCGCGCACCCGGGGAAGGUCCUGGUGGACCCAGAGAGCGGCCGCUACUACUUUGUGGAGGCGCCGAGGCAGCCUCGGCUGCGGCUGCUCUUCGACCCCGAGAGCGGGCAGUACGUGGAGGUGCUGCUGCCACCCUCGCCCUCGGUGCCACCCCGCCGCGUCUACACCCCGCUGGCCCUGAGCCCCGGCCUCUACCCGCCGGCCUAUGGGCCUAUCCCUGGCCUCUCACUGCCACCAUCCCCGGGCCCGCCGGCCUUCAGCGGCCCCCAGCUACCCUGGGCCUCCGAGGCGGGGCCCCUGGACGGGAUGUACUACCUGCCAGUGAGCGGGACCCCCAGCCCCGCGCCUCCUCUGCUCCUCUGUGCUCCACCCUCCAGCUUGGGUCCCGCCCAGCCGAGCAAGGGCUCCUUGUUCCCCGUGUGAGGCCCCAGGGCCUGAUCCCCAUGGUGUUGGGGCCCGUUAAUGGCCUUGGAAGUUCUGGCAUCCAGUCCUGUGCCCUCUUUUCCUUCUAUCACCUCUUUCUUUUACCCAUCUCAUGCAGUCUUCAGACCAGAAGUUACCUUCAGAGUGCUUAUCUGAGACCCCCAGCGCUGAUGGAGCUGGAGCUCAGGAAAUGGCUGCCUGUUUCCUCCCCCGACAGAAUCGUAUACCCCUUUCCCAAGCAUUCCCAGAGUGUGGUGUGUUGGGGGGCUGUGUGUGUGUGUGUUGUGGGAUGAAAAAAAUGCAGAACGUGAGAGGUGUGAGUUAGGUUUUAUUUGGGGCAAAAUGAAAACUAUAAGCCUGGGA